ACCCGCUGUUGCCAUUCCUCCAAAAUUGAGCAGAGAAGCAGCAUCCGUUUCACCAGGAUCCACUUUUAACUCUGAAACAAAAAGAAGACGACAAGGUUCAGCGGCUUCCGAGUGAUUCAGCAAAACGUCUUUCCUUUUUGAGGACAAGGUUGAGAAGACAUGUCGCCCGCUUUGGCGGUUUGGGUCAUCCUGCUGCUUCAAAGUGGAGCUCAAGGAUUCGGGAUUCUGCCAGGAAGUUCGAAGAGUCACCAAGAGAUCACAGAAGAAGCCAUUUUGAACGUCACCGUGCAGGUGUGCCUAGCGCUGGCCGAAGCUGAGGGCAGCGACUUCGCCUUUCCCCCGCAGCCGUUUACCGCCACAGGCGUGGCAGCCGCUUGCAGGGCCGGAAACUCCAUCAGGAGCUACGAGCAAGCCAUCAGGUCCAUCACGUUGCGCAACAUACGCGUGGACCUGGUCGAAGCGGUCAACCCCAGCUUCCACUUUGACGACGAGACCUUCGUCAGCGGUCGGAACAUCAUCACCACCGGCCUGCAGACGGUCAAGGCCAACAAUAAGGAGGAGAACUUUGAAGCGGCCCGGGAAAACCUGGGAGAGACCCUACACACGCUUCAGGACUUUUACAGCCACAGUAACUGGGUGGAGAUCGGCAUGAGCUUUCCCAACUCUAACCUUCUCAGAUCCGACACCAGCAUCGGCAACUUAGCAGACGAGAGCAGGGCGACAUGUCGCAGCUGCGAUGGCGACGACUGCAGAAACAACAUCCUGGAGGACAUCAUCAGCGAGCAGGUUCUGACCACGGGAUAUUUUGGACUCAUUCCAUUGAUCGACACCAAGCCCAGCGGAAAGUGCAGCCACGGAGGAGCCGUGGACGUGACCAGCAGGAUCGAGCCCACCGGCGGGAUCAACAAAGACACGACCGAUUCAGAGCACGGCUUCCUCCACUCAGAAGCGGCCCGUCUGGCCACGUCGGCGACCAGCGAGAUCCUGGAGGACGUUCGACGAGCGGCAGGAGAUGAACCUUUCCUCCAAAUGUUGGGCGUGUCCAGAGGAACCGGCAAAGCUCUUUGUUUGGUGAUCGACACCACGCAGAGUAUGAGCGAUGAUAUCGCGGCCGUGCGCACGGCGACUUCCACCUUCAUCGACAGCCAAGUGGAAACUGACAACCAACCUUUGUCCUACAUUCUCGUGCCCUUCAACGAUCCAGAAUUCGGGCCGGUGAUGAGAACGAGUGACCCAGAAGUCUUCAAGGACAUUGUGGAUGAUCUGAUGGCAAGCGGUGGAGGAGAUGAAGGGGAGUUGAGUCUCUCAGGGCUCCAGUUGGCAUUGACGAACGCUCCCCGGAGCUCGGACAUCUUCCUCUUCACAGACGCCCCGGCCAAAGAUGAACAGUUGAAGUCCACUGUCAUCGCUAACAUUGAGCGGACUCAAUCUGUGGUGUACUUCCUGAUCACAGGAACACCGGCGAACACUCGGCGGCGGCGUAGGCGGAAUACCAGGAUUGCAGACUCGGACGCUCAGGUGUACAAAGAUCUAAGCGAUGCCGCUGGAGGUCUGGUCAUAGAAGUGGACAAGGACCAACUCUUGGAGGCUACCAGCAUCAUCGGGCAAAUGUCCAACUCAACUGUGGUGACACUCGUGCGAGCCUCCAGGACUCCAGGAGAGAACGCAAACUUCAGUGUUGUGAUUGACGGGACAACCAGCAAUGUCCGACUUUUCAUCACGGGAAAUCCAGCUAAUGUCAUGCUGGUGGAUCCUGAGGGCCGUGAGGUCAAUCUGCGCAACGCGGAGGCGGACCAAUUGACCUCGUCUUUCACGUCGGUGGGAAACUUGGAAAGUUGGCAGCUGAGGCCUCAAGUGGGAACGUGGCAAGUGAUGGUGGAGGCAACAAAUCCGUACACACUGAGGGCCACAGGUCAGAGUCCCCUUGACUUCCUGUUUGACUUUGCGGAGUUCGUCCCCUCCCCAUCAAACACGUUUGAUGUUCUCGACUCACGUCCAUUGGCGGGCACCAACGGAGGUUUGCUGGUGAUGCUUACGGGGAGCAACACUGCGGAUGUGAUGGAGGUCACUCUGGUUGAGUCAGCGGGAUCGCUGGAGGUCCCGGGAAACGUGGAGUCGCAGGAAGGCGGCAACUUCCUGGUUCGGGUCGACAAUAUUCCAUCUGUGCCGUUUGUGGUGCGUGUAAAGGGAAACGAGGUGAACGCCACAACGGGAGGAGUCUUUCCUUUCCAAAGGGAGUCGGCGACCAGCUUUCGGGCGUCCAAUUUAACUAUCAAGGUUGAUGCCGAGCGAAACCUCGUCCCCGGGACGGAGUUCUCUGUGCCUUUUACCGUGACCGCCAAAGAAACUGGAGGGAAUAUCACGAUCCGGGCGACCACCAACAACCCGCUCUACACAGCCAGCGCUCCGAACGUUCUCCUGGUGGAGCCGCCGGGACUGAGCGCCAACGGCACCGUGAUGCUCGCUGUGCCACUCAACACACCGUCAGGCACCACCGUCACCCUCGUCAUUGAAGCGGAGGCCCCCGGAGGCGACGACAUCAACUAUGCCAUCCUCAGAAUUUCCGUCCUGAAUCCAGUUUCGGACUUCACGGCUCCCGUGUGCCAGGUGCUGCGCAUCGUCAACUGCGUCAACACCAGCGCAAACCCGUGGGAGCUGUCGCUGAAGGUGAGCGACGGCGCCGAAGGGACGGGCGUGGAGCGGGUCAACCUCACGCAAGGCAACGGCACGCUGACCCUCACACCGGACACCGAAAACCAGAACGACAUCCUGGCCACCUAUGAGGGAUUUUGCGAUUCGCCCGAUGUGGAGCUGCUGGUGGUGGACAACGUGGGCAAUGCGGACAUGUGCUCCUUCAACGCCUUUACCACAAGCUCCGGCUGCGUGGCCUCUUUCCUCACUCAGACAGCCCUCGGUUGCGCUGUGCUCACCCUGGUGCUCGGAUUUCCGGAGAACCUGAACAUGUUCUGAAGUCUCGUCGCAAAAGCGUCGCCAAUUGCAGCAAUGCAAUUUUUAAUCGUGCUAAUGUAAUGUCUUGCCCUAGUGGCCAACAUCCAAUACUGCAGGUUCAAAUGUUGGUAAUUUCAAGAUUAUGUGGAAACAAUCUAUUAAGAAAACUG